UCUCCGCAUUUGACGUCUGUUUGACAGCAAAUUGCUUGGAUUUUUCGUUAUUAAAAAAAAAAAUUACUUUGCAAACAAAUCACAUUAGCCAUUAUAAAUAUGACAUUUUAUAUGUGGAAAUUUUGAGCAUAAAACAAGCAGGCAGAAUUGUUUAUAAUGCUUACAUCCAAACAAUCUCAGAAAGUCUCUGCUGCGGCGUUGGGCUCGGAGAAUACCGCAACAGAUAAUGGGAACAUAGCUUGGAAGCAUUGGUGCCGUUUGUGCUCUAAAGAAGACGAAAGCAAUUUAAAUAUCUUUCCUGAAAUAACAGAACCCGGAAGUGUAAUGGAUACCACUUUGGCGACGGCUAUUGGAAAGUUUUUUUGGGUCAAUAUUAGGCCAAAUGAUGAAAUAUCAAAAUUUGUUUGCCUCGAAUGUCACACGCUGGUUUGUUCAUUGACGCAGUUUACUGAUCGUGUUAACAAAGUGCAAGCCAUGUUUUGCGCACUGCAAAAUUCAAAUUCUAAUAAUACAAUGGACCUUAAUGAAGUAAAAUUACAAUAUGGGUUGCUCGAUAUGGAGUGGGGCCAUAUAAUUAAGCUAGAACGUGCUACUGAGGAGAAAGAAAUGAAUGACGGUAAAGGUUUAGGUGAUGAAUGUGACUGGGAAGCAGAAGGGAACGACAGUAAGGAAGAAGAGCUUAAAUUUCAAACAAACGACGAGUCAAAGGUAUCGGAAAAACUUUCCUUAGAUCUUAUAAAUGGAGGUUUGAAAAGAAAACGAGAUAUAGGUAGUGAUAAUGACGGAGAGGAACAUAUAACACCGAUAGGCGCAAUAAUCGGAGUUUCUGAGGAGAAAAUCGAGGAGCACAUUUUGUUUGAAAAGAAUACAACCGAAGAAGGGUUAGACGAUGCUGAAUCGCUUCGACAACUAAAAGUGGAGGAAGGCGAUCACGAUGAAAAUACAGAGCAAAAAAAUAGGGCGGAAAGAGAAAAAACAGCUAACGAAAUAAUUGAAGAAAAUAAUGAAAGUUUACAAGAAGGUGAAACCUACGAUUCAAAUAAUGAUUUUACCAGUGGCGAACAAUCGGCACAAGUCAAUAGAAUUGAUUCAAGUAGUCGGACACUUAAAAAACGGCGUGGUAGGCCACCAAGUUCCGAUAUGGAUGAUAUAAAAGAAAAUGGGAAAACUGACCGAAAUUCCGAAGAAGAUACAAAUGACAAUUGCCAAACAUCCUUUAAAUAUGAAUGCAACAUAUGUCACAAAAAAUAUAAAAAUCCAACAUCUUAUCGGAAACAUACAUUGGAAAAGCAUAACAUGGAGCCAGACAUCCCCGAUUUCAAAUGUGAACGUUGCAAAAAAAUAUACCCAACAGAACGACAAUUAGAAUUACAUGCGCGAACGCAUCUAGCACUUCAGGAUAAAGUAUCCGUGAUGCGUCAACAUCCACAGGGCAUACACGAAAAAAAGAAACCCUACGUGUGUGAAGUGUGGGGGCGAUCUAUGAAAACAUUGGCCGCAUUAAGUGAACACAAACUAGUUCAUACCAACGACACACCGUACGAAUGUGAGGUGUGUCAAAAAGCAUUCAAGACUAAAGCUCGAUUGAGGGUACAUUUAGAAACCCAUACACUCUCCUCGUACCUUUGUUCUGAGUGUGGUCUAAGUCUAAAUACGCGUCGCACGCUGCAAAUGCAUAUGAUUGUUCAUUCGGAUGCAAAACGUUACAAAUGUGACUUCUGUCCAACGGCUUUUAAGCGGGCUAAGGCUUUAAAAAAUCACCUGAUUUUACACACUGGUAUGCGGCCGUACAAAUGUAACUUUUGCGAGAAAACUUUUUCAAAUGGUUCCAACUGUCGUUCCCAUAAAAAGAAUUUGCACGCACAAGAAUUGGCCGAAGAAGAAGCAGUGGGAAAGAAAACGGAAGCCGUUACUGUGCCCGAACUUGAAGAACUGCGGUCGAGCACAAAUGUCGUAGAACUGUUAAUUGCAGCAUGGGAACGCGUAAAGCGUACUGAGACUGAGACCACUAAACAAAGAAAUGAAGAAUAUCUCGAUGAAAAUAUUGAAUCAUUCGAAGAGGAAACACAAACUCAGUCAAUAGUGGCAUCCAAAAUAGAGAUAGCGGCUGAUGACGAUGCAGACUUAAUUCAGUUGCAGGAGGGCAUGAUGGAAGAUGGUGAUGCAGAUAGUGAAGUGAUGGUGGUAUAUGAAACAAUUACUGAAAUCUAAGUAACAAUAUUUCUUAAACAUAAAAAAUAGUUUUUAAUGCAAUAUGAAUUAACAAAAAAAAAAAUCUAAUGCUUUAAAUUUAGUCUGAAAUUCAAUUAAAUGCCAUAAAACUGGGUUAGAGCAGAAUUGUGGCUGUUGCAACCCGUAUCUAAUACAAACAAACAAUUGGAAAAAAUAGCAAUCCGACAUUUUGACCGGUUUCGGCUCUUUCUUUGUUCAUUUAAUGUUUAUUAAUUUCUUUUUUAAAAACCAGCUUAUAUAUCGUCAUUUAAAGUUCAAAGCCACGUAUCGUUCUCCGCAAAACAGCGUAACUGACAUUUUUUGCCAAAAAUUGGAUUUGCUCACACAAGCUCUUGGCUCAAGCCUUAUAGCUCAGUUAUGCAUACUUAGCGUCGCAUGAGAAUUGUCACAUAAGGAAUCUGUUAAAUUUACUUUAAAGGCUCUGUUAUACAUACUUCGCAAAGCUUGAGUGUUGUCAUAUAAGGAAUCUGUUGAAUGAGCUUCGCAUGUAAGCGGUUACUCAACGCACAGCAUUACAUACGUA